UCUUACGCCAUAGUGUGAUAACAUGCCUGCAAGAGGUCAAAAUGAGGUUAGAGAACUGUACUUUUUUUUCUGUAUAUUGCGUGUUUGUAGGCUAGUCAGUUGAAUCUGUCAUUAAAAAUCUAACUUUCAUGAGAAAUAGGACAAGCUCAGAUGAAGAGGCGGAGAAACCCCCUCGCCAUAAUCUACAUCCUUCCUCCUCAGUCGUUUCAUUGCUUUCUGGCUUCCCUCAAAACCACUUUAAAAUCCACCCAGAGGUCAAUUAAAAUCUAAGAGGACAACUUCGACCCAAUUUUUCAGAUUUCGUACGCCGUUUUCCUCUGAAACAUGAACACGUCUACAAACUUCACUACUAACCCGUGCACACCUGAGCUCGGAUCUUCGAACCGGUACCUGGCGUCGGCCGUGGUGUAUGGAUUGGUCCUAGCCGUGGGUCUACCGCUCAACACGCUGUCCCUGUGGAUUCUGUUGCGCAGUCACGGGUUUCGCUCACCGUGCGCCGUGCUCAUGGUAAACCUCGCCGUCUCCGACAUGCUCCUUGCGCUCUCCCUGCCGCUGCGCGUCUACUAUUACGCAACGCUCCAUUGGCCGUUUGGACCGGCCACAUGCACCGCUGCCAUCAUGCUGUUUCGCGUCAACAUCAGGACAAGCUCUAUCUUCAUCACUUUGAUCAGCGUGGACCGGCUGAUCGCCCUGGUCUUCCCUCUGCGCUCCCGCUCUCUGAGAACCUCCGCUUGCGCCUUGAAGUGCUGCGCGGUCGUUUGGAUCAUCGUCACCAGUCUUUGCAUCCCAGAGAUAAGAAAAAUGUACAGCUCCUUGAAAAACUGUUCAAACAUACCUUGCUUUGAGUUUCGUGUGCCCUCCAGCAACUCGUAUAUCGUUUCGGUCUCACAGGCGGUAUUUUUAUUAAUGCUCCUGCUGGUCAAUAUCGUCUCCACGGUCGUGGUCAUAAUUGUACUGAGGAAGCGUCCCAGCACUGGAGCGGCCAAGGUGAACAACAAAAUGAACGUGAUACUGAUUUUUGUAGUCAACAUGUUGGUGUUCAUGACAUUUUUCCUGCCGUUUACAUUACAACUCUUGAUGUACAAUGACAACCAAGGCAGGAUACGAGCGCUCAUUUGCCUGGCGAGCGUAAACUGCUGUCUGGAUCCGCUCAUCUACUACUUCUCUCUGGACUCGUUCUGGCAGGACAAGGGUAAAAGACAAACGGAUGUAGGCACUUAUUCCCUCAGCAGGUCGAUGGAAAGGUCUUGACAAGCAGAGAACAGUAAGGAUAAACAAUACUACGAAUCCCGCAAUGGGACAUGGUGAUUAAAAGUUUUUAAAAACUUUUCCUCAGACAUUACAUUAUUUUGGUCGAUGGAACAACAUUUUGUCAUAAGAACGCAAAGUUUCUCGGGUCAGGUGAACGCACAUUUGUUUUUUCCCUCCAGUGGCCUUAGAAAUUGGGCAAGAUAGGAAGAGUUUGGAAACUUUGGACACAAGUUGGUGUUUACAACGAAAAUUUUGUCAAUCUCAAAAUUUGCACUGUGGGCUUUUGGACCUGUUUGGUAUGCGAAUCACGUAUUGUGAUUAAACAUAUUGACUGCAUUAUUUUUUUAACUGCUCUGUUUACUUGAAAGACUUUCAGAAUAUCUCAAAAGAAAAUCUAUUUCGUUGAUAAUGUGUAAAACAAGUUGUAUAUGCUUAUUUAUUUUUAUGAUGAUGGCUAGUAAACCACAUUGAAGCUAUGCUUUUUGCCACUUCCUGAGCUAUCAAGGAUGCGACAACAACAGUUCUCUUUCAACACGUCCUUGUUAGCAAAAUAUUUUGUUCUAAGAACACUUCAGAGGAACUUUUACUGUAUGUGCAUCUGUCGUCAAAGCAGGUCAGUCACAACUACAGACAUUUGCAGUGUCUGGUUCUAUCUAAAUUAGUAAACGUGAAUGUUUCUGAGGUUAUUUGGGGAUGCUGAUAAUCACACCGUGCUUAAAUAUGAUAUAUGAAUGUUGGUUAUGUACAACAUGAUGUUUUGAAUGAAAAUUAACAUAUGCCCUUUUUGUUAUCAUUAUUGCUAUCAUAGAUGCUUUCAGAUGGUGGUUUCUUUGUAUAAAACAGUUACAGUUUAAUGGUUGCAGUGGUUUAUGUCAUGUUGUGAUAAAUGUCAUUAAAUCUUAAUAUCACAUGACAGAAAUCUGCUUAUUUUGUAUAACUGAUAUAGAUGAUUUCAAAGCACUUUUUUGUUCUUUUUCCUCAAAUUGACUUCUCAACCACAAUAAUAAAUGUAAAUGUAAAAGAGUUUUUUUAUAACAUGAAACCAUGAAAUCAGUGUCUUUCAUCAUGUGUACUAAUUGUAAAAAUUAAUUGGUUGGUUGACAUUUCAGCGUUUCUGGUUAAUAUAUAACUAGAUCUGUCUGUUGGUUGCCUUGCAGGUGUAUCAUUUUCAUGUUGAGUCAUAUUUCCUUUUUUCACUCCCCCAACUUUUUGUGCAGUAUGACUAAUACUGCAACUAAUACACCUAAUACAAAAUAGAUUUCAACAUGCCUUCAAAUAAAAAGUAGCAGUGAAGAUACAACAAUUUUUAGACAAAAUAAUGCAAAAUAGUGUAUUUGAGUCUAGCUGCCACAAACCUAAUAAUCUUAUCAUAUUUGGCGAAGGAUGUUUAGAAGUCUCAAGCAUAACUUGGCUGUUAAGAAUUUCUUCUAUAAACUCUGUUUAGAUUUUGUAAACUAACACUGCUGAUACAUGAAACAGCAGGAUUAGAACUAUGCUGUGUUUGGAAGUGGUCCUUUGCAUUUGGUGGCAUAUUUCACCAGCUAUAAAAUAUAUUUAAAGAAUCUUUACAUGGUGGGAAAAGAUCAAUGGUCAGAAAGA